CGACAUCCCACAUCCUAUCUCAUUCCUGUAUCAUCUCGAGAUUCUUUCAUCAUAAUAACUCGGAAUAAGUUUCCCCCUCGAACUACCGAGAAUUUCCAAUAUGUCUGCGUUACAUAUUUACAUUGGUAUCCAUAGCAUUUCACCAAGUUGUGUUUUGUAUAUCUGAUUCGUACUGUACUUUUGCCCAUUCAUGCUCUGUGUCACCAUGAUUCUGGACUAUGGACAUCCCAUUGAUAGGUGUUAGUCCUUAAGUGAGAAUUAAGCUCAGCCAUCAGCAUGGCGUCCGUAAGAAUUGUCACUGCUGAUCAUUACAUGAGCACUCCAAUAGAAGGACUUGAUCCAGUGUACUCAGAAUUUCGAGGGUCUGCAGUCACACAAGUACCAGUGAUUCGAAUAUUUGGAACAACCAAAAAUGGGGUCAAAACCUGCUUACACGUCCAUGGUGUGUUGCCGUAUCUAUUCAUUCCUUUUGCUGGGAAUGCGGACUUGUCAGUUCUUCCAUAUCAGCUUGCUUCAAGUUUAGACAGAGCUCUGAACAUUCUUCAAGGUCUUAAAAAUUCUAACGCUCAACAUGUAUACAAAAUUACCCCUGUCUCUGGGAAACCCAUAUAUGGAUUUCAUAGGAAAGAACACUUAUAUUUAAAAGUUUUCUUCUACAAUUGGGCCAUGAGAGAUAAAGCAGUCGCACUUCUUCAGAAUGGUGCUGUGUGUAAUCAAGCCUUUCAACCUCAUGAAGCGCAUGUUCCAUACAUUCUCCAGUUUUUUAUCGACUAUAAUCUGUAUGGUAUGAGCUUUAUUGAAUUUUCCUCUGUGAAGUAUCGUUUCUCCGAGGAUAACUCAGAUUAUCUAGCAGACAUCAAUGAAGAUUUAUUACUGAAAAAAGUUGCGUGUUCCAGUUUCUCCAAACUCGAAAUUGAUGGGAAAGCUGCAGAUAUUCUUAAUUAUAAAAACAUUACAGGAACGAAUUUGCACAAUCCGGGCAUUGCUUCACUUUGGGAAGAGGAAAGAAGGCGAAGGAAUGCUGAAGAUAAGUCUGAUAUUGCUCCACCAAGUUCUCAAGAGCGCAUUUGUAAGCAGGUUGACCGAGCAGAGGCUAUGUACAAAAAUAAACUUCGUCAAAAAUUGCAGAAACUUGGUUUUGACAAAAAGGAGCCAUCUCUGACGUCAUUGUCUGCCAACUACCCUGCGGAAACUCCGUGCAAUGCUGAUUUAUUGAGUGCCUCUUAUCUGGAGCCAGUUGUUUGUUCACAGUCAAACAAUUCAAGUACUAUAGGAACUAGUGUGUCUCCGGAAGAAACAAUAGUUGAUGAGGACAUUGUUUUUCAUUUGACCCAACAGAAUGCCUCUGACCUCAUUUCUAACAGUUUUAACAUGAUCAAUACGCAAGAUGCAGUCGUUUUGGAGACGCUUGAAAGUUUGGCUCGGGAUCAAGAGACAGGUGAAUCUUCUCACCCGAAUGUUUCUUACAGCCAGCCAGUUUCUGGUAAAGCUCAAGAUGUAGAGCUGAUCAGCAUGAAAGUGGACGAUGACAGCAUACUUGGCACGCAGACGAUAGGAUGUAUUCAAGCCAACGAUCUGAAUGAAGACAUCCACGAAGAUCUAAGCAAUGUUUUCAACAAUGCUGCCGUAGAGGAAACCAGCCCACCAAGAGAAUCUCUCACUGAUGUCAGCCAAGAAGGAGUGCUAGAACCUCCGCAUGAAAAAAUUCACAGUCUAACCCAAGUUGCACAGAAGAUUUAUGAUACUGAGGAUUCUUCUGUUCCAUCUGAAAAUGAAUCUUUCCAGUGUGAAAAUUCAAUGUCAAGAGAUGGAAGUCAAAAGACUGUCAGUAGUGGAAACAUUCCUCAAGUAGAUGGUGCACAUGACUGUUUGGAUGUAGUCUCCCCUUCUGAGAAAGUUUUGGUGAAAAAGCACCAACAAGAUGUGUUGAAGGAAUGCAAGGAUGCUUUCAAUCGUUAUGUAUUCUCUCCCGAAAAUAACUACAACUCAGUUUGCUCACCUUUCCACACCUUAGGUAGCAGUAGUAAACUUGGCUGUCUCUCUAGCAACAAAAAACGAAUGCCAAAAAGAAGCAAACCAAAGCGAAGACGUAACAAAUCACUGCCUCGUAAUAUACUAAAGAAUCUCUCUUCUGAAAGCGAAGAUUGUGGGAAUGAUGACUCGACCAGUGUUUGCUCAUCAAGUACUACUGAGUUGCAAAGUCAUAACCAUGUAACUCAUGUGAUACCUAGGAGUGUAAUUAUGGAUAUCAUCGGAGCCUCUGAACCAACAGCUUCAAUAUCUGAAAAUCCUGAAAGCUUUGAAGAUUGUGCUGUUGUUUUAGAACCCUUUGAUAGUUUAAUGGACGUGAAUGAUGACAGACCUGAUGGAUGGUUCUUUGAAAGUUUUGAAGACUUCUAUAAAAGUGAAGGAGGAAAUGACUGCUCCAUAGUUGCAUCAAAUCCACAAAAGAAAUAUCCCCAUUGGCCUAAAAAUGAAAGGAAUUGUGAUCAUGCUGAAGCUUUUAACCAGGCAAAUGCUACCUUACAAUGUUUUGUCAACUUGUCUCUUAACAAUUUAUGUCAAGAAAAUAGUGCAGGAUUUCAAACCAUGCAAAGUAGAAAGGAAUUAAAACCAGUCUCAGAAAUUUUCACUCCCAUAAAUUUCUCAAGGGAUGUUGUGAAGGAUAGCUUUUCGGCAACUUUGUCUCCAUCAUUUGAGGCUCCCAACUUAGAAACUGAAAACUUUCCACAGAUCAUACCUAACAAUGAAGUCAAGGUAAUUGUCACUGCAGAUGUUCACUGUGUGGGGAGCAAGCCAGCUCUUACUUCUUCAAGAGGAAAGGGGAAAAAUGUGCCCAGUAGACUUAAAAAAUUCCAAGCAGAAUUUCUAGGAGCUUUAUCAUCUACCAGUAAAGAUGCCGAGCUAUAUGAAAUAACCGCAGCACCAUUAGAACCCAAUAAGUCUCCCACUUGUAAAACAGUCAUCCCACUGAUGAGAAAAAAACCAAGAAAGCGCAAAAAUGUUUACAGGGAAAAGAAAAAGAAGAAGAAGAUUCACCCGAAUAGAAGAAACUUAGUAUCUAAGAAAUGUUUUGAUGUGGUCCUGCCACAUGAUCUAAUUGAAAAGACGCCAUGGGUGAGGGACCCAAAUUCAAGAUCCUGCGAAAAAAUGCUUCACGAAGUUUCCUUAUGCACUAAAGAAGAAGAGUCAUUUAGUCCUACAGCUCUAGAAAAAUCAUUAAACUCAAACAAGGGGCUAAGAUCAUCUUCUACAUACGAGAAAUCUGGAACUUCCCUCUCUACUGCUUCGAAUAUCUUACCACCAGAAGGAGAUGAGACAAGUGUAUUUUCUUUGAAGGAUGCCUCUGGAAAUUCUCUCUCUAAAACCUCAGAUUUCCUAUUACAGGAAAAGAACACCAAUGACAAAACCACUGUCAAUUUUAUCCCUCUAGAAGGAGAGAAUACUCAGCCAGAGCAAUUUAAACCACUCACUCAAAACCCUUCCUCAACAGUAGAGAAUGAAAUGCAACAUUCUUUCGCUGAGGCUCAGGUAGAAAAAUACGGUCUAAGAAAGUGUAGUGUCAGACUUGAAAGAUUACCAAGUCGACUCUCAGCGGAAAACUCUAAGUGCAAUUCAGAAGUUUGUUUAUCCGAACAGGAGUUAUUUUCAAAAACUCUGUGUCCAUUGAAAACAUUGGACUUCAAAUCUGUUAACCUACCAGAAAGUAUCUCGAAUGCCCGGAUGUUGGUGUCUCAAAAAGUGAUGGAGCGUUCUCUGAAUGUCGAAUUAAAAACUUCUCAAACUGAAAAUACAGCUGAAGAAAAGGGUAAAAUAGAAAGUUCUAAUCACAGCAACGCUUGGAAUAAUGAGGAGUCCAGCACAAAAGCUAUCUCUAACCUAAAUAUUAGCCCCCUGAGUUUUUCGGCUGACCUUAAUGAAAGCAACGUCACACCAAAGAUAUUGAUAAACAACAGAACAGAGUUGCAAAGUGUUCAACAUCCAUCUCCUAUGGAAGCAUCUGAAUUUGAAAUUUCUUUCUCCAAUAUCAGUGUUGAUGGAGGUCUCAAUCUGGUAAAUUCAAAUGAAAGUGACCAAUCUCAUGCCCUCUCAAAUUUUACGACAACCACACAAUUGUCACUGGCAGAGGAAAAUUUUAGCAUCUUUAAAAACACUCAAGAUUCAGAAUCUGGUGCAGUUAAUUCUGUGCCUUGCUCCAAACCUGGAAGGAUGAAGGCAAGAUUGGAGGAAUCAACUCUUCUAGAUCAAGGACCUAUUGAAAAACAAGUUCCUGAACUUUUGUUAUGCAAGAUACCUCCCCCAAAGCUUAGUCCUCACUCCCUAAGUCAGCAAUUUUCUCCCUGUACUGUACAAAAAUUAGACUGCUCAAAUCAUCUGGUACAAAAUAAAACAACGAGAGAUGAAACUUAUUGCUACAAAAGGUACAAGAAAAAUCAGUCAUAUUUCAGAUCUGAAACCAAUGCACUUGGUGGUGUCGCCUUAAAAAGUAAACGUCUAUGUGCUAUUGAUGCAUUGAAAAAAAUCAAAGACUUAAGAACCAAAAUUAAAAAAGUGCCUCCUGAUGGUAAGUCAAUUCAUUGUGAAACUAAUCUGGAAACUCAAAACAUGAGUCUCCUUCCAGUAAUUAAAAGUCUCACCAAAGGAAGAUUAAGUUCGUCUGUAGGUUGUCAAACAGACGAAAGAAUUCCUCCUGUUUGGGAUGGCCCCAAAAGUUUAGUCCCUUAUCACGAUGUUAGUAAUAUUGACUUGCUUCAAAGAUCAACAGGCACAAAUUCUCAUACAAAGUUUUUUGAUCAAAUCCUACACUCUUUUCAUAGGAAUUGGUAUCUUGAACUUCAGGAAUUGUCUGAUUCUCGCAACAUUCACGGUCCAAGUUUCUCACUUUCAAACACUUCCGAUUCAUCUGAUGUCAAAGCUAUCAUGACUUUUCGUCAGUGUAAUUUACUGCCUGGUUUGACUGAUGGAACAGCAAGAGUGUCUCCAGUUGAUGCCGAAGAUAUGACAUCUUGUAGUAAAUCAAUACUUGGGAAAAGGAAACAAGAGAACAAAGAAAAUUAUGGCACUGAUGUCCAAUAUGGGAACAGUAAUAGUGUAGUAGCUGAAAAAAAAGCCCUGGUAGCACUAGGUAACUGUAGGGUUAUCGUUGAAAGACUACCAUGUGACAUGAGCUUCAAGGCUGAUUAUGGCCUCAGAUGUGUCUCCAAUGGCUUAACACCAGACUCAAGCAAAAAAGUCUUAUCUCAGUGUUUUCAUUUGCAAAAAAGCUUCUCUAAUGGUUCUAGUUUAUACCAGUGGGCUCUAGAUGGUACUAUCGACUUAUCCUCUGAUACCUCUGAUGAAGAUCUGAAACAGAAUUCAUUAAAAUCCAUUCAAAAUGCUCUGGAGAAUAACUCUCAGUCUUCAAAUUGUUCUGAUCUCAGUGAUUGUUUGUCCUCUGAAAAGUCCUCGCCAGAAAGGAGAAUGAAGCUCAGAAGGUCAAAAUUUCCCAAAUGUUCAGUUCUGUUGAAACCUAGCCAGGUUGACCGGCCUCCAGAAUUAGGAGCCAAGCCAAUAGUACGAAGCGCAUGUUCAAAUAACUCCCAAAGCUCCAAUGAAGUCAUAGUAGGAGAACUGCCUAAUUCUUCAUCAGGAAAUAAGAGAAAAAAAAACCAAGAGAGGUAUCAGAAAAUCAUUACCAAGAAACAGGUUGUCACAAAUAUGUCAGGGUCUGAUGAGAAGUUAACUAAACUGCAGCCUGUCGUCAAACUGUUCAAAUUAGAUUUCCAGAAAAUUAAAAAUGGCAUCUCUGCGUCUCAUGCUGAUUAUUUUUUUCCUGUCGUCGGUGGAUCCACUUUGACAAGUUCACAAAAAAUUCGUCGAAGGAGGCCCACUUAUCCAGAGAAGAGUUUCACAAGUGGUGUCUAUCCAACUGCCUCCGUAUCAAACCAGCUGAAAAAUACAAGUCAUAUGUCCCUUUCUGAGCCUUCAAAAUCUGUAAAUCCGUGUCAUUCAGCAAAAAGCACCAAGCAGAGUUUGGAGCAAGUCAAUAAUUCCCUCUGUGAGAGGGAAAGUAUGGAUAGUCCUGACUCAAAAGUACAAAAAGCCGAUGAUUUUUUAUCAAUGCCUCAUCCUUCAACUUACAAUCAGACAAAGACUGGCGCCGCAAAACAGAAUUUUGACUUUGUUUUUCACGCAUCCAGUUCAGAAAAAGAAGUAAAUUUUACAAAGGGUCGAUCACAAUCCAACAGUUUUACUGAUGUUAGAAAAAAGGACCCUUUUGCUUUCAGUAACAAGAGCCAAUUUUUUGACUUCAAUGAAAGCAGUAUUCAUGUCAAUAGCCCUUCAGCUCCUAACCAGUCAGAGGCCUUGAUCAAUGCAACAGAUUCAGAUUUAGACUCAGACCCUGAUUCUGUUUUUAAAAUAAAAAAAAUUAAAAGAAGAAGAAAACGUCUAGGUAUCUCACUCGUCAAAAAAAACUUACUUUCCGAUAAACUCAUCAGAAAACGUCCCUCCACUGUAAUUCAGUCAUCUGACUCCGAUAGCAGUAUUGUUACAAAAACUCUCUCAGGGGAUUCAUCGCCGAGGGAAGAUGAUAAUGAAAUUUUGCAAACAAAUAAUGAAGAAGUGAACGAUGAAGAUUUUAUUCUGCCUUUGCUUUCAGUUCAUGACUCAAGCAACAAAGCUACCUCACAAUUUUCUGAAAAAAGUGUAGUUGUGGAAAAUUACGAGAAAGAUAUCCUUGAAAAGCCUAACGAGAUACCAGAAGUUGCACAACCCUUUCACUCAGAUUCCAAAAGUAUGAUUUCUUUGUUCAGUGAUCAUGCAAGCAGCGAUGAAAAUGAAGGUAUACAGAGUUUUUACAACACAACCAUGUUUCAAAAUUUGAAUUUUGUGGAUUUAAGAGAGACUAAGAGAGAAGGAGAAAAAAUAUUCUUUAGAAACAGCGGUCUUUUAAGAAGAACUGACGAACACCAUCACAAGAGCCCAGGAAAUCUUACAACAGGGGAAGGAACUGAAAAAAAUGAAGAUGAAAAGUCCAUUGAACGUUUGGAUUUAACAACUGCAAGUCAAGGACGCGAAAAAUUAAAUGAUCCAGCAAUGAUGGAUGCGCAACACGUGACAGAUGAAGAUAAUGUGAAAGAAUCUGAUGAGAAACUCCACUCAGAUAACAAUGCUACAAUGUUUAAAAGCUCUAUAUGUGAAGGAAAAAAUGAUAGCUCAGGAGAAAUGUUCAAAGCCUCUCAGCCCCCACCUUCAUUUGUAUUAAAAAAAGAAGAUCAAUUGAAAGAAUCAGUCAUGAUGGCUCCUGCCAAAAAACCUCCAACAAACAAUGAAAUUUUAAAUGAUCUUUCAGAGUAUGGAAUACCGCUAGUAGAAAAUCCUAACCCUUUUUACAGCAAUGCCAAAGAUAGCACUGGCUGCAAAGAGAUAGGCGGAACUGUGCUUAAAGUUAAAAGUAAAUCGGUUAAAGAUUUGGAAGAUUUCCCAUCUCCAUUUCUUACAAUUACAAACUGGCGUGGAUCCAUGUCGAAAAAUUUUCUCAUCAUGUCAAAAAAGCCCAUGAAAUCUUGUGAAAAUAUGUUAAUGUCAGAGCGGAGAGUUAGAAUCGCUCCAGUGAAAACUUCCCCAACAUUUAGAGAAGCUGUGUAUUGGUUAAAAGCUAAAUCAUUGCUGCAGAAGACAGGGGGAAAAAAGGAAAUCACCACUAAUGAAUCAAAUAAAGUCAGUAAUUUUCGUAGUAAAAAAGAAGAUGCUGGAAGCAAUAAACAAGGGGACAAACCUUCCAACAAAUCACGUCAUUUAAGUAGUUACCAUCUGAAAGAAGACAUCGAAGGAUCAUGCACUCUUGUCGAACAAAGCAGCCACUGCUCUGCUGAUAGUGUGUUAAGUGGCUCAAGUAGUACUAGUAUGUUCAAAAUACACACCACUCCAGUUUCAAAAGCCGCCAGCCCAGAAGAAAAAAAUGCCCCAGAAAAAAGCUGUGGACCAUCCCCAGGGCUUACUUUACAGGAAAAAUUCGCCAAAGGCACUAAUGAUGCAAUACAGGCCGAAGAUCCAUUUGUCACUGGCUCGAAGACAGAAGAAAUUCCCUCAGAAGCGAUUAAUGAUGCCGCAUUCGAGCACGAGUCAUAUCUUGCAAAUGACCAUGUAGUUGAAGAACAAGUUCCAGCAGUCUCUGAAGGAAUAAAAUCCCAAAAGCAGUGCAAACACGUUGCAAAUGUCAAAAGUGAUACAAGCUCCAAGGUGCUGUCCUCUGCUGAUACUGAUAAUUCACCUCUAGCUUCAGAUAAAUCAGAGAUCUUUAGUUUACGAUCAGAUCAAAUGCCUCCUGAGGAUGCCGCGGACAGUGACAAUUCCAAACUAUCUGAAAUAUCAUCAGUGAAUAACACCAAAACACCAAUGAUGAGCUCCAAUGUAAGUCUUCAUCAGAAACUUUUGAACACACAAUUUAGGAAGGAGUUGCAAACCCCUAUACACAGAGCCUCUACAAGCUGUUGCAUUGAUGGACCCAGCCCCAGUAAUUCUGGCAACUUUAAGAGAGAUUUGGACAAUUAUCAACAAGUCAAAACUGUAAUUGAGUUCAACUACUUAACCAUAAUGGUGAUGGAGCUACAUGCAAGCACUCGUGAGGAUUUACGGCCAGAUCCAGAUUUUGAUCCAAUCGAAGCUGUAUUUUAUAGUAUCAUCAAUAACGUACCUCCAGAUACUGAGAAAACUGAAGAAACAGGUGUAAUCGCUGUCUCCAAAGGGAAUCAACAGUCUAGCUCCUUUAAUGAGUUUAAUUGCUCUUGUAUCUUUGUCGAAGAUGAAAAGUCACUAAUUCAACGAAUCGUGGAGCUUGUGCGAUCAAGCGAUCCUGAUAUUCUUAUUGGAUAUGAGAUCGAGUUACUAUCUUGGACUUACCUGAUCCAGCGAGCGUACAUAUUGAAUAUCAACUUGCUCACAGAGCUGUCGAGAGUGAGGUACUUUGAUCGAAAGAAACUUCCAAGUGAAACCUCACUACUCAAUUUGACCAUGGCAGAGGAAAAGGAGCCGGAGAUUCGUUUAACAGGACGAAUAGUCAUCAAUUUAUGGCGUUUGUUACGCAGCGAGGUAGCAUUGCAGAGUUAUUCCUUUGAGAACAUCAUGUAUCAUAUCUUACACCAAAGAGUUGCCCUGCACUCCUUCAAAAGUUUAACCCUUUGGUGGAAUCACUCCUCAGGACAUUAUAGGUGGCUCACGGUCGAGUUUUACCUGGUACGAGUAAAAGGCAUAGUCAAGAUCUUAGAUCAGCUAGAUUUAGUUGGGCGAACCGCUGAACUUGCACGGCUAUUUGGUAUUUUAUUUUAUGAAGUGCUAUCCCGUGGCUCUCAGUUUAGAGUGGAAUCGAUGAUGCUACGUCUAGCAAAACCACGUAAUUUUGUUGCUGUGUCCCCUAGCCAGCAGCAGCGAGCUAGAAUGCGAGCUCCGGAGAGUCUGCCUCUGAUCCUGGAGCCUGAGUCGCGAUUCUAUCAUGAUCCAGUUAUAGUACUUGACUUUCAAAGUUUGUACCCUUCAAUUAUUAUCGCUUACAAUUAUUGUUUUUCUACUUGCCUCGGACGAGUUGAUCACCUCGGAGAAAAUGAAAUUUUUGAAUUCGGUUGCACACAAUUACGCGUUCCUUUUAAAGAUUUGAUCGAACUGGAGGAUAAGAUUACGAUCGCACCUUGCGGUUCUGCUUUUGUGCGGAGAGAUGUUCGAAAAGGGCUGCUGCCAGCUAUGCUCGAGGAAAUUCUUGAAACAAGGCUAAUGGUGAAACAGUCAAUGAAACUUCAUAAAACAAAUAAAGGACUGCAGAGAGUGCUUCAUUCGAGACAACUCGGUUUGAAGCUGAUAGCAAAUGUUACUUACGGUUACACAGCAGCAAAUUUCUCUGGCAGAAUGCCAUCUAUCGAGGUUGGUGAUGCAGUUGUCAGCAAAGGGCGUGAAACCCUCGGCAAGACAAUUGAAUUAGUCAAUACAACUGAGAAAUGGGGGUCCAGGGUCAUUUAUGGAGACACUGACUCCUUGUUUGUUCUAGUCCCUGGACGAUCACGUGAAGACGCUUUCAAAAUUGGUGCUGAAAUUGCAGAAGCCGUAACAAAUGCGAACCCCACACCUGUCAAAUUGAAGUUGGAAAAAGUGUACCAACCUUGCAUCUUGCAGACUAAAAAGCGAUAUGUUGGUUACAUGUAUGAAAGUCCAGAUCAGGAAAAACCAACGUAUGAUGCAAAGGGUAUUGAGACAGUGAGGAGAGAUGGAUGCCCAGCUGUUGCAAAAAUUCUUGAAAAGUGUCUGAGGCUACUUUUUGAGACUACUGAUAUCAGCCAUGUCAAGAAAUUUGUUUGCAAACAAUUUUCCAAAAUACUGACUGGACGGAUUAGCAUACAGGAUGUUACAUUUGCUCGAGAGUACCGUGGAGCAAUCGGCUACAAGCCUGGAGCUUGUGUGCCUGCAUUGCAACUAGCUCAACAGAGACUGCUUGUGGAUCCGCGCUCCGAGCCAAGAGUAUGCGAAAGAGUGCCUUAUGUAGUGGUAGCGGGUCCUCCAGGACUACCCAUAAUUAGACUUGUUCGAUCUCCGUAUGAAUUAUUGGCUGAUCCGAGUUUAAAAAUCAACGCAGAAUAUUAUAUCACUCGCGUAAUAAUCCCUCCUCUCGAUAGAUGUUUCUCUCUCUUAGGUGUUGACAUAUUCAAAUGGUACCAUGAUUUACCUCGCAGAGCUCAUACUUACUUGCCUAGUUGCGUGUCUAAUGUUAACAAGAAAGCAACAAUAUCUCAGUACUUUGUUACUACAAACUGUGUAGUUUGUAAUCAACAGACUCAUGCAGGAAUCUGUGCUUCAUGUCAGCCUCAAUCACAAAUGUUAGCUGUGACACUGUGUACAAAAAUGAGCAUGUGGGAAAGGAAAUAUGACAGUUGCAUCAAAGUAUGUAAGUCCUGUUGUGGGAGGCUACACUCAUAUGAUUGCAUUUCUCUUGACUGCCCUGUUUUAUACAGAACAGCACAGACGAAUCGGGAUCGAGACCAGAUUCCAUUCUUGCGGCAACUGCAAGAAAAUUACCUGAAUUUUUAGCCUUCUCCUAAGUUUCCUUUGAAUUUUAACGUGAUGUUAAUAGUCACUAGGGCUGUAGGAUUCAACGUUUAGCUAACCAGGGUGAGUCACCAACUAUCCUCCGCAGAUUGUCCUCUUUUUCUGCUUUCUGUUAAAGAAUGGAAAAAUGAGAGACUUAUCUAUUUACGCUUCAUGACAUGCUGAGUUCUACUAACAUAAAUUUUUCUUGCUUUCACAAACGAAUUUAGACUAUGGUUGCCCAGCCAGGAGCAUACCUAUAACCAACUCCUGCAGCAUUUUAUCAUUGAACACCAUGAUGGACCAUGGACCCAUUUUUUGUAAUAUCUGUCCCAGGAUUCAUCAUCAUGAGAUCAUGUUUUUUUUUUUUUUUUUAUCGUUUUUUUUUCUUUCUUUACCAUGAAGAUAUAAAUUGGCGCUCCCUUCAAAAAUCUCAGUGGUUUAACCUUAAAAUUGUAUCUUGCCUGUGUAAUUUAUUGUGAAAAUAGGAGCCAGAACCUUGUUAUCAUUGUUCAAACCCUCUUUCUCAUCCUGUAACGUGCUGUUGAUAUUUAACAAACAUGAUUUUGUCAUGAAGCUGAAGUUUUAAUAAUCAGUUAAUGCUUUUUGAAGAUUUUAAUUUGAGGCAAUGGUUUUAAAAUAGUUGAAAAAUUUGUGAUUUUUACACAACCCUUGAAUUUUUUACGUAGAAAUAAAAAUAAAUGAAUAAAUAAAAAACUGUUCAGAAAAAUUAACAAGGUACCUGAAAAUUUUAACAUCCUGCUACCACGGUCUGUUCCAUUUUAACAACAUUUCAUUUGUAAGUAGAAGGCCUCAGCCUGAAUUUUAUACUUCGCAGAUUUUUUUCCUAUUAUUCUUUUCAUUUUUUGAUGGCCUCUUGGGAUCUAUUUGCAAGAGAGAACAAAUUUCAAACUUUUAUUGAAACUUUCUCAUUCUCGCCAUUUCAUGAGUAGAGGGGCAAUGGAAGACUUGCUCAUUUUCGUAUAUUUCACCUCCCAAAACUGUGAGUUUGAGUAUUUUAUGAACUUUAGGUUUCAUACAAAUAAAUGGUUGGGAGCUUACAGGCACCUACCUAUUUUAAGUAUAGAUUGUAAGAUAAACAAAAGAAUUUAGCCCAGAAUCCUUGAUUUAAUGUUAACCCUCUUGCCUCUUUGAUGUUCGGAUAGGUAUUUUUUUAUCUUUAAUGUUUAAGUAUUGCUUUAGUGCCAUACACAACUCUUUUUUUUCUCCAUCAUCAAUAAAUUUAAUGGAAGUGUACAGGGAUGCAAAAUGCAAAAUCUUCCGAACUUUCACACCUUCUCACGUCUGCCCACUGGCUUUGCACAUUCCUCUUAUCAGCCUUUCACAAGAUUCCCUCUUAUUUCCAAGUCAUAAUGCACUUUUCUGAAGUCCAUUUUCCAACCUUUUUCUUCUAUUUUCCUUCGAUUUUUUUACUCUCGAUACUUAAAAAGUUCCCCUCUUCCACAUUUGAAUAGGGCAUUUCCACAUUUUCAUGCGCCUGGGCAGGCGCGUGAUUGAGCGUUUUCCGCAUCCCUGGAAGUGUAAUGGUUCUUUCUUCUUUUUGAUUUUAUUCUCUCACAAAAGAUUAAUUUUACCAAUUCUUAAUUUCUAGUCACCUUCUCUGUUUCUCUUGGUUAAUCUUGGAAUCAAUGAAUUCAUUAAUGUUAAGGUGUCAACUUCUCUCCAAGUUAACAAAAGUUACCUCUCAAGAAUUUGACUUUCCUCUUUAGAUAAAAAUUUAGUGUCAUAUCAUGAAGGUGGCUAAUCAUAGAAAAGUGUUAUUUCUAUUAAAUUAGUGUAAGUGUUAGGAUUAGUACGUGAAUAAAAGGCUGAAAAUUUUCCUUGAUUUACCUACGAUUGAAAUUUCACUGAUCAUUAACAAACAUGGCCUUUUAGGAAAAAAAAGAGACGCUUCUUUCCAAUCGUCAGUUACAUAAACCUGUUAUUUUA